AUGAGGGACAGAGCUACGAAUGCCGGUUGCACCAAUGAAAAUGGAGAAUUUAGUGCUGCUGGAGUGUUGGCUAACAAGAGAUGUAUUAUUGAUUGCUUUGAGCAAGAAACGAUGUUUGAAGAAGAUUUGGACCAACAGUGUACACCAGCUGAGCAGAAGGAAAUUUUGGAGAGCUAUACUUACUACAAAGCGGUGCGGACACUGCGUAGUGGAGGAACUCACCUCAUCAGCCGUGAGGGUGUGCUGAUGAAGAAUUGUGACUCUUGUCGAGCACCAAACGAAAUUUACCCGACAUCCAUUACUAACGUUCCCGUGCCCUCAAUAAUUGAAUGCAUUUAUUGCAAGCACUCUAUGGCAACUGUUGGUGCAGUCCCUCUGUCGCAAAUUCCUGUCGUUGCGCAUUCGUUUAUGGGACGUAUUUCUUGGGUCCCGACUAUUGCACAAGGGAAUCAAUUGUCUACAACAGCGCCUUUAUCUGCUGCAGCCACGUUGUCCCUUCCAUUCGCACCAACUGCUAUUGGUGCUGCUCCGAGUGUAAGCGCUCAGACUGGUGGUCGCAUUUUGCCUCCUCACAUGCAGGUUCUGUUUGAUCAGCAAAAGGCAGGAAACAAGAUUACGGAGGAACAACGGGCUCAGCUUUUUCAUCAUCAAAGGGCGGAGGAGAACCGACUACUGUUUGAGUGCAAUCAAGAUAAGAUUGCGGCAGCGGUGCGAAAGCAGGAGCGAGCAACGAUGAGACUUAGAGACAGGCAUCUACUUAUCCUUCGGCGAGGCAUAAAGGGAUGUCAAGAUCUUAAGCGGAAGGCUGAGGAGUGUGGUGCUUCCUUGGCGAUCGAGGUCAAUUCACAACUGACGGAUAUUGUAAGUGCGAUGAGCCCAGCAGAAACACUUAAGUGGCUAAAGCUGAGCAAGCUUCCUGGAGAUGUAGAACUUCACGAUGACACGUGGCUGCGGAAUGAAAUUGCUAAAGAGCAAGGUUUGUCACUCAUUGCAGCAGAGCCUAGCUCGAAUCUGAGCUCAAAACAACAAAUAGCUAAAACAGCUGCACCUGCUGUUGACUCCCGGGCCGCAAUCGCUACAUCUUCCGCUUCUGAUUUUACACCGGCUUAUGACCGAAGUCCACAGACAACGCCAGACAGCAGCAGUGAAUACAUCGAACUUUUGGAUUCGGAUGAUGAGGGCGUUCCGAUGGUAAGUGCCAGCAACGGAACAGUGUCAAGUGGCAGUAGUAGUGCCGACAAGGGUACCGUUGAUAAUGCAACCGAUGUCAUCGAGAUUUUAUAG